UUCUGAUGGAAGACUGAGAAGGGGAGACAGAAUCAUUAUGGUGAAUGGAAUUGAUGUCACAUCUUUACCAUGCAAUGAAGUCCUGACUUUACUGCAAAGCUCUCCUCCUGAUCUGCACCUCGUGGUUGGUCGUGCUGACAAUGAUCCACAUCCCUCUAUUAGGCCAGAUGAGAUUCCUGUAAUUACUCUCACAAAAGGUGCCAAUGGACAGCUAGGGCCACUGGCUGAGACAGAGAAAGCCAAUAUUUCUUUGUCAAAUGAAAACCUGAAUUCCAGAGAACAGCAUCUGUUGCAUCAACAUGAGAAACAUUUGGAGGAAACAAACUGUGGUGCUGAGCAAAACACUCCUGAUUCUCCAGAAUGUAAAGACUUCAUUAUUAAGAUCGAGCUGGAAAAAGCAGAAAAUGGAAGCCUAGGAUUUGCACUGGUAGGUGGAAGAAAUGGCAGGGCCAUCCUAAUAAAAGCCAUCAGCCCAGACAGCAUUGCAGACCUAGAUGGGAGGCUUCAAGUUGGUGACAUUCUACUUAAGGUGAAUGAGACUUUUGUCUCUGGUCUGCCACGCCAAACAGUUACGGAUUUGCUGCGCAAGGCUCAAGGAACCGUCCAACUCACAGUCUGUCGAAGUGUGGCUUUGCACUGGGCUUAUUCAGGCAACCAGAGUAACAGACCUUCCCCCACAAACACAAAAGCAGAGCCUGCUAGCGCUGAGGAAAGUCUGCGAGCUCAACCUGUUUUCAGUUUCAAGGAAGAAGGCUCCAACCAGAUGUGCAGUAAGCUGCGGGAUCUAGAAAGUACACACAAUUCUCUUCAAGGUCAGCUGGCUGGACAAGACUAUAGGGAUAUCAUCAGUAACAUUUCAGACAGGUCACAGAAAUAUUCAGAAUGUGAAGGCUGCAGAAGAGAAAAUCAUCAGUCUGAGUCAGACAGCUGGAACAAUGAAGAUGAUGUUAUGCCCCACAGGAUUCCUGUUCUACCUAGAAACAGAACCUUUGCUUCUGGAGAUGAGCUGACUCAGUUAAUUAACUUGAAACCAUCACGGUCUGGACUAGAUCCAAGGACUGGCAUCACAGGUCUUAUUCAAGGCCUUCAGUUGCGGAUUGAGAAUCAAGAGGUGUUAAAGGAGUUUAUGGCUUUAGAACAUGUGAAACCAAUAGAUGAGUGCAGAACUGGCAAAGCACCAGAAAACCGGCAUAAAAACAGAUACCAAGACAUUCUUCCAUAUGAUAAGACACGAGUUCCUCUGGGAGAAAAGAAUGGCUACAUUAACGCAAGUUAUAUUAGAAUGAAAGUUGGAGAAGAGGAACAUUUUUAUAUCAUAACCCAAGGGCCUCUGCCAUCCACUAUGGCAGAUUUCUGGCAAAUGGUCUGGGAGAGUGAAUCAAACGUGAUUGCCAUGAUGACAAAAGAAGUGGAGUUAGGGGAAGUCAAAUGUCAUCGAUACUGGCCUGAGCCUCCCAAUGAUUCUAAAGACCUGGCAAAUUUCCAUCUCAGGCUAGACAAUUACCAGAUUCUGGAAUACUUUGUAAUUAGAAAAAUAGAAGUGAUCAACAAGCAGUUCAACAUCAAGCAGAUAGUGAGGGAUUUGAGAGAUCAGCGUUUUGGCAUGAUCCAAACUAAGGAUGAGUAUUUAUUCUGUUAUGAAGUUGUGCUGGAAGUCCUUCAGAUCCUCCGAACAAUGGAUUCCCACUGACUACAAUAUGACUCUUCCCUGUUGCUUUCCCCUUGGACUCCAGGGACCACUCAACAGUUACUUUAAAGAGAUGUUAAGCCAGGACAGAUGAGUGUUAUUAUGUGUUUUUUUAGAUUACUCUGAUUUCUAAGGCAUUUCAAAACCUUGCUUAAGGGUAAGUCAUUUAAAUCUUGGCUCAAAGUUUGGAGAAGCAGCCAGCCAGCACUGCAACACUGCUGCUUUAAAUUGCCAUGGACAAUUUUUACAUUCUGUGUAAUAAUAUAUUAAUUGUUAUGAAAAUAUUUUGGGACUGUGUCAAGGAUAUUAGCUUUACUUUCCAGACGGCAACUAUAAAGAUCUAAGGUUUUGCUGGUGUUUGUGGAAGAUUAGUUGUUCCUCAUCUAUUGUUAUGCACUACUGGCUUCUGGACUGCAAAGCAGUAUUUAUUAGAGUAGUUAUGCUUUUGUGUGGAAGGACUCAAUUUGAUUACCUUUGGUUGCUUGAACAAUGUAGAACCAUUUCCAGUCAUCACUCCAGCCUAGGGUUUUAUACCACCUUCAAUAGUCAUCUUAAAUCAAGAAACUAACAGUAAAAAUAGAAUGCCUUUAAACUCUCAUUGGUUCUCUUCAAAGGAAGAACCCAGCAAUAUGCACAGAUGUAGAUGAACAGUAUUCUUUCAUUCUACAUCUGUAUAAAAAGGAAUGCAACACUAAGCCAGGUGAAAUGACUGUAUGUGCGUUGUGGCACAUGCAUACAUUUCAUCUUCCCCUGAUCCUUUCCACUGAUUAACUAUCUUGUAAUUCUUACCUAGGAUUUGAACUGAUCUAUGGGAAGUCCCACUGAUUUCAGUAGGGGCUGAAUCAAAUCUUUAAAUUAGAGUAAAGAACUCUCUGUACAGUUUAUUUCUCUUGUAAAAAGUAUUUCUGUUCAUGUGAAUGGAUUUGAGCACAAAUAUGCUGUUAAAGUUGUAAGAUUGCACUUGUUUCUAUAGUACUACUUCUAAGUCCUUUAUCUAGAAGGUGAUGUAUAUGGAAGUGAUUACAUGUCCAUUGGAAGAAUAACUUUUAAACACAGGAAACUGUAGCAAUCCGACUGAAUUGUACAUAUUUUUAAAAAUUCUUUGAUUUCAGGAAAAGAAAAAAAUAUUAAGAGGCAUUGGAUAUAAAACUGAAGUAGAAGUAAGACAAUAAAAUGCCUGUCUAUUUUCAUUAUGAAUAAGAGGCUU